UCCAAAGAGACGGAGCAUGUGAAUCAAAAUGAAAACACUGAGUGCCAUCAGAUAUACACUAGAAAGAAAGGAAAUCCGGAGGGAUGUUAUAAAGGCAGGUUUAUCAUGAUCCCGAAUCAGUUUGAAAGCAUCUGGACUUGUUUAAACAAAUUAUGUGAACCAGUUCCAUAGGCUUAACAUCGUGACACACCAGUUGUCUUGUUAGAUCCCAAACCGGAUUCUGAAUGCUUCGGAAUGGGAAAAACCUUCGCCACAAAGGAUGCUAAAACUGAGUUAUCAGCGCUUUGUGUGAGCAGUUAAAAACACUGAUCUCGAGCCGUCACAACGGUGAAUUGUUGUGGAUGGGAACCUUCUCUGCACCCUUUACCUUCCACAUGACCCGACUUUCCCCGUUACCUCGGCUCCCGUGAAGAUACGUUACACUCUUUAACACACACUGACAGCAUGACGUCCACUGCCCGGAUUCUGGCCUUUAAGCUCUCCCCACCCUCUCAGGAUGGCAGUCCAGAGCGUCUGUUCAGCUGUGAUGAGGACAUUGAACGGCGCUAUGAGGUGGUCCCAUCUGUCGUCUGCUCCAUGUGUUGCCUCUUUGGCAUCAUCUACUGCUUCUUCGGGUACCGCUGCUUCAAGGCUGUAAUGUUCCUCACGGGUCUAAUGUUUGGUUCCAUCAUCAUCUUCAUGCUCUGCUAUAAGGAGAGGGUCAUGGAUACUCAGCUAAGUGUGGAGGCCAGUGUGGGCAUCGGCCUGGGCAUCGGCACUUUGUGCGGUUUGGUCACUAUGCUGGUCCGCAGCGUGGGACUUUUCAUGGUUGGACUUCUCCUGGGUUUACUGGUCGCCCUCGCCUCUCUGGUGGUUCUGGAGGAGUUUUACCACCCGAGGACAGUGUGGCUUCCCCUGGGUGUGCUUCUGGGUUCGGGCAUGCUGUUUGCUGUGCUCACAUUGCAGUGGCAGCGCUGUUUCACCACCCUCUCCACCGCCGUCUUCGGAUCAGCUGUGGUGACUGUGACUGUGGAUUAUUUUGUCGAGCUCUUUGCUUUGACACGGUAUAUCUAUGAGAGGGUAAAAGUGGAUCCACCUCGCCCCGUGUGUUGGUUCACAUGGGUGGUCAUGGGAGUUUGGCCCGUGCUGGCGCUGCUGGGUGUUCUUAUUCAGUGGAAGGUCACGGCUGAAGGAUAUUCACACACAGAAGUCUUCAUCAGUCACCAGCAGAGACGAGUGCAGUUAAUGCGAAUUCGUCAGAAGGAAGAGAGAAGGGAAUGCACAAAGAAAAAGAAGAAAAAGCCACAGAAACAGCCGCCACAGCAACAGAAGUACCACCAUCCCCCUCAGACCAACCCUCAUCCCCCCAACCCUCCACCCAAACUCCAGCAUCCAGAGCCCACCCACCGCCGGAAACCCAACACCAUUCGCCGCUUCGAUGGAGACGUACUUUCUCCGAGUUACAUCCAGAACUUCCGUGACAGACGUACGGACAGGAGGGGCUACUCUCAUGGCAGGUUGAUCGGCGGCUCACAUGUUGUAGAUUUGGACUAUGACUAUGGCUCCCAAGUGCCCCUAACAGCCCAUACAGGCCCCGCAGUGAGAGGUUGAUCUUCUACUGGAUCAGAAAUUGCACUGACCGAACCAUUCCGAGAACUUUUGCGGCCGUAUCAAAUCAAGAGCAUGUGGUUACAAUGGCUGACGGGAUUUUCAUUCCCGAAUCAAUUUGCUGUAUUCCCAUGUUUGUUUGUUUUUUUUUUAAAUAAAAUGCCAGAAAAGUUGCAGCAAAUGGAUCGUUUACCUACAAAACAAUGUGUAACCACAGUAAGGCUCUGUUCUCUUGCAAUUAACUCCAUUUUAUAUUGCUGAAGAUGGUUGUGGUAUGUGUGUCUGCUCCUCCGAGGCUCUUCUUCCCAUAAUUAGGCUGCUGUUUCACUCCGUCCGAGAAGAAUGGUCUCAUUACCACUGCAGCCAUUUCAAAAGAGAUCCAUUACGGGACCAAAUACAGCCUUGGCUUUUAAGAGACUAAACUGUCAUAAAACAUGCACGGGUUCUACCAGACAGACUAUAUGAAUAUCCAGUUUACAGAUUUAAACUUCAGUCCUUCUGUUUGUUUCUGACUUUUUAAAGAUGUUUCAGAUAACAUUAUGUUUACAGUACGGGCAGGGAAGUGUGUAUCGUUUUAUAACCGUUUCAAAUGGCUUUAUCUGCUCUGUGUCAGGGCCUACACGAAUUCUGUCAAACUGUGUAUGGUGAACACAAUCUCUGUUCAAUCUGAGCCGAUUGCACAAGCAUAUACUGAAAUGUUCUGUGCGUUUAUUGUUGUUAGCCAAUGCAUGUGGGGAAAGUGCCAUCAUUAUUCCUGAUAUACAUGUUUUUAGUUGUUAUAUCCAUUUAAGGCUAAAGUAUCUAGAGACUGUUUAAUUUGCUUCCAGUUAAAUCUCAGGGGCGGUGGAUUCGAGAGAAGCCCUAACGAUGUAACUGUGAACACUAAGGGGUUUUGCGUGGAUGAUUUAAAAGUGUCCUUGUCUUUUAUGAGAGAGUUUUGAAAGGGAUUAAAGAAAGAUGCCCUAGAAGAGUGGAAGAGAUUUACAAUGGUGGACUUCUCAGAAAAAGAUUGUGUAUUUCUGAGUGUGUAUAAAGCUUGAAAAGGAGAGAUAUA